CGGAGAGAGGAUUGUACGGGGUUGCUUGGGGAAGAGAUAUAGACGGUGUUCCCGCUCCGUAGCUGACCGUCUGCCUAACAGCGGGCAUCUUGAACCUGCUUCCUUCAUACCUGGCUGCUGCGUUUAUAAAACUCGCAAUCCGCUCAUUCUACACGACGACUCCACUCGCACUUCUGAAAAUUCAACACCAAAACACAAAAUGACGACAACAACCACCACCAUUGCGUUUACGCAAAGCCUGACUUUGACAUCCCCGAGCUUGAAAACUGGCCUUGAGGCUCGGUUGGCCGCACGCAGCAAUGAAUACACAAAGUCCACCUCCGGCCUCGCUCCGAGGCAUUUGCAGGCGAACCUAAUCGUCCUGCCAUCCCGCUACGCCUCCGACUUCCGCGAUUUGUGCGCCCGGAACCCUGUUCCGUGUCCCUUGAUUGCAGAGUCGAAGACGAUUGGUGACUAUUCCGAACUGCGAUCCCACUUAGCCACUAUUGUCGACGGUGGUAAAAUCGCGUCUUCGCUCGAUAUACGCACCGAUUGUCCACGAUUCAACAUAUACCAUGACUCGAAACUCGUGAAGGCCGGCGUAUCCGAUAUUGUUGAUCAAUGGACUUCGGAUCAUGUUGCCUUCCUUAUUGGGUGCAGCUACAGCUUUGAGUCGGCCCUUGUAGCUGCCGGUCUGCCUCCACGCCACGCGGUGCUGGACCGCAAUGUUCCCAUGUAUCGCAGCAACAUUCCCCUAAACCCGGCAGGCGUUUUCACGGGAGGUACAUACGUGGUAUCCAUGCGCCCGUACAAGAAGGCAGACAUCGAAAAGAUCCGAUCCAUUACGCGCAGCUAUCUCCCAACCCAUGGGGAGUGCGUGGCCUGGGGUUGGGAUGCUCUUGAGAAGCUUGGUAUCCAAGACGUUGAUAAGCCACAGUGGGGUGAUGCGCCUUUGACUAUGGAUGGGCGUCCUUUGAGCACGGUAACUGGGAAUGAGGAGGAUGUACCCGUAUUCUGGGGAUGUGGUGUUACUCCGCAGGAGGCUGUAAUGAAGGCACCGUUGGAAGGUGCCAUUAUGGCCCAUGCUCCAGGACAUAUGCUUGUACUGGAUUGUCUGGAGGACGAUGUUCUCAACUAGUGUUGCACUUCAGUGUUUGAUCCCAUUCUGAGGAGACCAUGCGUACUAUAAAACCGCAGGUAAUUUACCACUUGCCUAUUCCAUAAAUUUAUGAGGUUCGUGACGUUAUUCCACAUGCUUUGCUCUCCACUCGUAUCUUACCAUUAUUGUCAC